CAGUCUUACAGUAUAGUUAUGGUUCGCUGAUCUGAGCUAACCGGUUCUCGCCUUUCGAGUUCAGGGGUACCCGUGUCCAUCAUUCUCAGUAUCUACAUGAACCACACACGGUCGUCAGGCGGGUGUGUCGGGAGGGUAAAGGAGAGUACCCGUGUCGGAAUAUUCUUUUAAACCAUGUUCCUUAGCGUCAUCAAGAUGCACCCGGAUCUUCUUCUAGGGAUGCUGAUGGUGUCCUCGGGGGUCCUGCUGCUCGUGGAGGGGGAUCCAACUGUUCGCAUCAAUAAGACAAAUGGCACGCUUCUAGUAGCAUCCGCUGGGAAGUCCGUGAAACUGGACUGUGUUGUCACCGGGAUAAACACGGCCAAGUCUAUACAGUUGGGGUGGCAGUUUGUGGUGGACGGCAGCAUCAGCCCAAUCAGCCUCAACUCCACCGGGGGCUACAGCAUCACCGAGGUGAGUCAGAGUGCGAACAGGAGGGUGAUCGGGCUACGGAUGUCGGCGGUGACGUACGACCACGAAGGAUACUACUACUGCCAUCUGCGGACGACGCAAGACAGCUACACCGACUACGUGGAACUAAGAGUGGAAGGUGCGCCCACCAUUAACCUGACUGAGACGACGUCACCAGGGGAACUGGCGUCCACAUUGCAGAACGCCUUGAAUAUCAUGUGUGUCGUCAGGUCAAGGCCCCAGGCUGAAAUAAAGUGGUUCAAGGACGGGACGGAGCUGUACAGUUCACCCUUUGGGUACACCAUCACCACCACGGAGCCCCUACUCGGUAUAGACGCCGGCAGUACCCUGUCCGUUUUCACAUUGACCAGGGACCAGCUGGGGACCUACGUGUGUCAGGCCAAAAACACCAGGGGCCAGGCCAGGGCGGAGUGGCGGGUCACAGCCAACCCGCUUCUGAUAUUGUUGAACCCCUCGAUUAAUGGGUCACGUGUUUACUUGGGUGAUGAGCUGAAUAUACAGUGUCAGGGCAGGAACCUUGGAAACGCCAGCAAGAUCACGUGGUCCUUCAGCUCUAACGGCGCGGCAUGGACGACGCUGACCGGCGGCAACAUCAUCACGUGGCCAGAUACGUCAGGCGCCGUCAACUCCGAGUGGUCCGUGAUCUUCAGCCACUACAGCAAUCAGGGCAUCUACCGGUGUUCCUGGAAAACACUGUCUCAGUCUGUGUUCGUUCGUGUUGUCGGACCGCCGGUCGUGACGUUAAGCACGACGAGUGUGACCGCUCUCCUUGGAGACGCCGUGACCUUGACCUGUCGGGUCAACGCUAACCCAGUACCCAAUGUACUAGGAUGGUAUUACAAUAACAUGGACAUCCGCAACUCCACCAAAUACACGGUGUACCGUACUUAUAUCAGAGGCGACCUCUACAGCCAGACGACGUUGACGAUCAACCCCGUGGAGGUGUCUGACUACGGCAGCAAGUACAGAUGUGUAGCCGACAACGACGAGGGCAGCGACUCCGUGAACGUCACGCUGAGAGAUGUCAACGAGUGCGUGACGGGCGAGGCCACGUGUCAGUGGGACCAGAACGAGAACUGUGUCGACACCCUAGGGUCCUAUGAGUGCCACUGUGCCACUGGCUUUGACAGGAGGGGUGGGGUUUGCACGGCGACCGCUGCCACCCCAGUAGAUGUGAACGAAUGCGAGAUUGACCCCCAGGUGUGCGAUCAGGCAUGCGUCAACUUUUUGGGCUCCUUCCGGUGUGAAUGCAUGGCGGAUUAUCUACUGCAGGCAGACAAGGUCACGUGUCUUCCGGUUUCAAGUUUUAUGGAUUCCGCAACCAGACCUCCAGCCUCCUCAAACACCGGAGUCGACAACAAUGUUGCUAUAGGACUUGGAGUAGGCAUCACCGUUAUCGCCAUUGCUAUCAUCGUUGUCAUCGUCGUCAUCGUGUGUAGACGUCGGGGCAACAGAGAGAGGGAACUGAUCGAUGUCCCCAAACCGAAACCACCACCCACAUCCGGGUUCUACAACUCUGCAUACAGCGUCAACGACGAUGAGGCCCACAUCUACACGGAGUUGUCCCCCACAGGCGACGAGUUCCCCCGGAGCAGGCUGAGGUUCCUCAACUCCUUGGGGGAAGGGAAGUUCGGACGCGUGGUGAUGGCUGAAGCCCUCAGCAUCAACAGCACUGGCAAGUGGGAGGAGGUUGCAGUCAAGAUGGUCAAAGAAACCGCCACUGAUGCUAUGAAGGAAGACUUCUACCACGAGCUGGUCAUCGUCCGGAAGCUGCCCACUCACGUCAACGUCGUGGCCUACCUGGGCUGUGUCACCGCUUCAGACCCAGCUCUCAUGAUCAUGGAGUACGUCAAUGGCGGUGACCUUCUGACCUACUUAAGAAAACGUCGACCAGCUAAAGCUAGCGAGCAAACGUCAAGCGUGGAGGCCUUGACCCCUAAAGAUAUGCUGUCCUUUGCCCUUCAGAUAGCUCGGGGAAUGGCACACAUAGCUGCACAGAAGAUUAUACACCGAGAUGUUGCGGCGAGGAACGUGCUGAUAGACCGGAAGCGCGUGUGUAAAGUCUCGGACUUCGGUCUCGCGAGAGACGUUGAGGGAGCUGAUAUAUACGAGAGAACAAAUAAGGGCCCGCUCCCGAUCCGAUGGAUGGCCCCUGAAAGCCUGCGAGAUUCUGUCCACACAUCCAAGUCUGAUGUAUGGUCGUUCGGCGUCCUGUUGUGGGAGAUUGUCACACUAGGGUCUAGCCCCUACCCGGGCAUGUCAGGGCAGCAGGUCAUGACGUCAGUCCUCGAGGGCAAGAAGCUGGUGUGUCCGCCCCAGUGCAACAAGGACCUGUACGCCAUCAUGUCAAGGUGUUGGAAUCAUUCAGCCACAUCCAGACCGACCUUUGACAUUUUAUCACGUGACUUUGAGAGGAUAUUAGAAGAGGAAGGAGACUACAUCCAGCUGAGUCAGAUGGAGGAGGGAAUCUACCAGGUGCUGGAAGGGGUGCGGCCGGAGGAGAAAUUGUAGAAGGUGCAUGUCCAACAAUACAUGUGUCGAGUAUACCGUAUUGUCACCUGCCAUCUCGGAUUUCAUGCUGGGCGGACAUUUUCCGGUCAUGAAAUCGAGGCAUGAGCGAGUGAGUGGUUUUAACGCCGCUUUGAAAAGUAAUCCGGUUAUAUCACGUGACAGCUUAAUGUGGGAGGAAAGCCCGAAGAUUUGCAGGUCUCAGACGUUUACCAGUGCUGAAACCCAAGGGUUUGGCGCUGACAUACCUAGAAACACGAACGGGGAUCGAACCCAUGAUCUUAGUUUCGUGACGUGUCCAAGGGACGCAACUCAAGUUGGUUUUAGACGACCAGGCCGCACGUGCACCACCGAGGCAAGAAUAUGACGGACAACACAGUCACGUUAACAUUAUUUUCAAGGUUUGUUGACAAAUGAUGUUGAGAUAUAUCCCACAUUAUCACGCGGUAAAUCAAUACUGACAUGUGCAGCAUAUGUCUCUCCCGGUGAAUUAUUCCAAGAUGUAUCCCUUGGUCUUAUCAACAGAGAUUCCAGGAGGGAUUUUCGAAGGAUUUGUUGUGAAAUUCCUGCGACCUCGGACUAUAUUGUGACUGACGUUUACAGCAGUGAUAUUCCUCCGCCGGCACAUAUCGAGGUGAAACAGAUUGUAUAUAAACAUCCUUUUGUAUAAACAUGCAUUUAUAUUGGGCAUUUGAACGCUGUUUAUUAUGAUAACUUGACUUUUAUUUACUUUGGAUCAAGGUCUGUUAAUAUUGAUGUUCCUAUUUCUGCAUAUGAAAUAUAAAGAAAUAUUUUUG